AGGGACGGAACAACAGUGGCGAUAGCCCCUGCUUUGCCAGCUGGCCCAAAAGCACCUCCAGGAGAAAUCUGAAAAGAAUUCCCAAGCUACUGAAAAUGCCAGCUCGAGCCUUAGGAUGCCAGUCGAUUCAUACCUGGCCACCCCUGUUCACUUUCAUCGGUGGCAGAAGGGAAUCCCAUGUGCAUGUCUCUUGCGAAGAUCUGCUCUGCUGUCCCAGUUUCUGAACCGAUCCAUGGAGUUGCUGCCUCUGUAAGAAAAGGGGAACUGGACUUCAACUUGCCUCGGUGGCAGCAGGACAGGGAAGAGUCCAGGCCUCGCAGGGCCAUGGCGCACGAGCCGCGAAGCAUCCCAUUGGGCAGCGCCAGGGCUGGUGCGGGGGUUGGACUGGAGGCGGUUCGGUGCCUUUUGGCCGCGUGUCAAGAAGCCAAGAGGUUCGCCUACUGCCCAUACAGCAAGUACCCCGUGGGCGCGGCGCUCCUGACCUCAGAGGGGAAGAUCUUCACAGGUUGCAAUGUUGAAAAUGCAUCUUAUCCGCUGGGGGUCUGUGCUGAGCGAACGGCCAUCCAGAAGGCCGUGUCUGAAGGUCACACAAAAUUUCAAGCCAUGGCCAUCAGCUGCAACAGCCAAGAGUCAUACGCCCUCCCCUGUGGAGCUUGCAGACAAGUCCUCCGAGAGUUUGGUGAACAAUGGGAAAUCUUUCUGACCAAGAUGGAUGGAACAUACAUACAGAAGACAUUAGAGGACCUUCUGCCCUUGUCGUUUGGACCGGAACAUCUGAAGAUCUGAAGGGUACAAGGAAACCGGUGAUGCUUCGCUGCUUCCCCAUACCUCCAAUGCACCGAUGCCUCCUGAAUUAAGAAACUUUGCCCAUGUUUCCAUCCCAAAGCUAUUUAUGUCAGGUUCAGAGGGAUGUCUAAACCUCCCCUCAAAAGGGAGGCGACUGCAACAUUCCGAUAUUUGCAUUCCUGGCGGGUGCUGCUGACGCAAUCAGGAUCCCUGGCAUCAUUUCAAGUGACCAGCGGCCCCUAGAGCUUUGGACCGUGUCCUUCCCAGCCUGCCUCAGAGGGGCCGGAGGUGACUCUGGAUACUUUGCCACUGACCUACGGCCCCCACCCAACCCCACCCCACCCCAAGAUAUAAACAGUCGUCUCACUUU